AUGGAGGACCACGUCACCCACUUUCUCCUCGACCUCAAAGACAUUGAUUUCACGUUGAGCGUGACACCGGCGCAACUGUGGCAAGCAGGAGGUGGACAGCAUGUGAAGAUCUCCGUGAUCGAAACCCACGGGUCAGAGCUCGCCGGCAGCGAUCUUGGGAUUUCUUGCGAAGCUAGUCAUACGUGGAAGAUUUGGACAUGUUUGGCCACUGUAUAUCCGCUCAUGCCCAUGAAGGCUAUUGGCGAUGUAGUCACACUAGCAGCUGCUGAUGCUACUGUCCGUCUCCAUCAUCCAGUUACUGCAGCUGGGUAG